GCUCGGAGCGGAGCAGGGUCAGGAUGGACGAGGACGUGCUGACUACGCUGAAGAUCCUCAUCAUCGGCGAGAGUGGGGUGGGCAAGUCCAGCCUGCUCUUGAGGUUCACAGAUGAUACUUUUGAUCCAGAACUUGCAGCAACAAUAGGUGUUGACUUUAAAGUGAAAACAAUUUCAGUGGAUGGAAAUAAGGCUAAACUUGCAAUAUGGGAUACUGCUGGUCAAGAGAGAUUUAGAACAUUAACUCCCAGCUAUUAUAGAGGUGCACAGGGUGUUAUAUUAGUUUACGAUGUCACAAGAAGAGACACCUUUGUUAAACUGGAUAAUUGGUUAAAUGAAUUGGAAACAUACUGUACAAGAAAUGACAUAGUAAACAUGCUAGUUGGAAAUAAAAUUGAUAAGGAAAAUCGUGAAGUUGAUAGAAAUGAAGGCCUGAAAUUUGCACGAAGGCAUUCCAUGUUAUUUAUAGAGGCAAGUGCAAAAACCUGUGAUGGUGUACAAUGUGCCUUUGAGGAACUUGUUGAAAAGAUCAUUCAGACGCCUGGACUGUGGGAAAGUGAGAACCAGAAUAAAGGAGUCAAACUGUCACACAGGGAAGAAGGUCAUGGAGGAGGAGCCUGUGGUGGUUAUUGUUCUGUCUUAUAAACUCUGGGAAAUUCUAUCUCUUGCAUAUUUGAUCAGAUAAUGACAUCUUUCUGUAUAUAAACUCUUUAACUGCUAUUUUAGGGACCUUGCAGUUUGCACAUAAUUGUUUUGUAUCAUGGCAGUAAAUAUUUGCAAGAAAUCCCAGUCAUCGGCUUUCCCAGGUAAAAUGUUAGGGUAAGCAUGCACAGUUUGCAGUCUAUAGUUUUUUAUGUAACAUAAAAUAAGUGUACCUUUAUAAGUACAUCUGAUUUU